GGCCGGUAAGUGGCGGUUGUGUGUGUAAUGACAGCUUAGAACGGGAUAUUUUGACAGGAGAUCGCGAGCUGACAUGGCUGUAGAUCAGCGGACUAUGAAAGGUGAGAAAUAUAUGUGCACUCGCAUCAUCAGUUGUGUCAUGUAAGUGUCUGCAGAGACACUAGACACAUCGAUAUUUUGCUUCUUCUUUGAGACUAGGCUAGUUCUGGCUAUGAAGGCCUUACAGAAGACACAUAAUUUCUUAACGAUAAGUCUAAAUAUGAUCCAUCUCACAAGUUGGAUCACUUUACCGACAUGCUCCUGUUUCACACCGUUUAGUCUUAGUUUAGAGUGUUACAUAAAACUCCAUUUGUGAGCUGUCUCAACUCCGCGGUCCAUGGUCUUAUUUUUCAGUGAAGUCAAAAGUUGCAGCCCUGUUCUUUAUGUAAUAAUGGAAUCCGAGAUUAGAUUUAGGAACACAAAACAAAUGUUGUGUUAUUUCAGUCUCAAUCAGACAUGAAUCUUUAAAAAUAAAAAUAAAAGUAUUACAUUGAAAUAUAUAUCAACGAUCAGCAUUUGUCUUGGGUUGGGGGGGGGGGCAGUUAAUAUAAAAUUUAUGCUACUUGACCAUCAAGGGGCUUCGAUAAAUCCCUUGCAGUGGCGUAGCUAGAGUUAGUUAAAAAGUGGGGCGGGGCGUGUCAACAUUUCAAUGCAACUAUUCCACGCAGGAAAAAGCCACCUUCCAUAGAAAGAAAAAAAGGGGCCGCAAUGGACGGAUCGGCCCGUCGCCCUCCUCCCCCUCCCUCCCCCCCUUUACGCCACCACAUGUCCCAUCACCAACAGUCUUAUCGGAUGUAAAUGUCAUCCCACACUUACAACUCGUCUGGAUCGCCGGCGUAUCCCAAUGAAAGACCACUGAUCUUAUUAAAGCUAAAGUGUUGGGUGGUCGGGAAAAGGGUUUGUGGGGGGGGGGGUCAUGUUAUUAAAUUACAACAGUACUAAAAAAAUAAAUAUAUUUUUUAAAUAUGACAACAUCAUCCAAAAUUGAUCACAUGUCUGGAUGCAACCACUUCCCCCUCCCCUAAUCGCCAUUCCAAUUCCCCACUGAGUGUUAUGAAUCCUAUAUUAAUUUUACUUAAACGUUUGCCAGACUUAUGAUUUUAGACACAAAAACCUAACAAAGCCAAAAGUUAACUUUAAAUUCAGUGGUCGAUCUGGGAGGGUGUCAUUAGGGCUCGAGCAAAAUUGUUGUUCUAUUAAAAAAUAAUUAUUGUUUUGCGUAGGCCUGUAGCGUAUAAUUAAGUUUGUUAUCAAAAGCAGCUUUCCAUUUUUUUUGUUAAAUUUCCCCCACCACGCAAAAAAAUAAAUAAAUAAUAAUAAUAAUGAUCACGUGAUGUUUUGAGAACCCCUGCCGCUUCUCGAUUGUGUGCCCCCUGUGUCAAAGUUGAUAAUUAAUUUUUUUUCUUCCAUGACACAACUUUGGGCCCCAUAAGUAUCCGAGGAUACUGCACUGCAGCAGGCAGAGGCGUCAAUAAGGUAUUUUCCACCUGUGCGGUAACAUAAUGGUGUCACCCCAACUGGACUCCCCCACCCCUUCCUGUAAUGAGUUAUUAUUAACCAGAUCAUACAGAAUACAUUAUACUUGAAAUAAUUAAUAAACGCCCGCUUUGUGAUGCCUUCGCAACAUUGGCACUUCAAUCAAAGUUAACUUUCAGAAAGCUCAUUAUAGGAAAGGUUCAAUUUGGGAGCAAUAUUAAAACUCCUUCAGACACAACUAAUAAAAAAACAUGAUAAACAGUCUAAAGUAGCUGUUCAUCGAUUUGCCCUCUUGAUUUUUUCCUGCAUCUUGCAAAUUGAGUCUUGAUUUUUUUUUUAAUCCAUGCUAAUAUCUUAUUCUAUUUAAAGAUGAAAUUCAAUCUGGGUCUGAGUUUAGAAGUGAUUGUUCAAUUGAAUAAUCCAAAAAGCGCUUCUGCGUAGGUGACCAUUUGAUGAAAGGUAAGCCCUUCAACUGUCGGUACUGCUGAGGAAGAUUAACUUCCUCAAGUAUCACAGCAUGCUAAGAGUUUUGUGCUGUUCCUGAUGUGUCUAAGACUUUGUACUCUACCUCGUGUGUCCAAGACUUUCUACUGUGCCUCGUAUAUCCAAGGCUUUGUGCUGUACCUCGAGUGUUCAAAACUUGUGCUGUACCUCGCGUGUCCAACAAUUUUGGCUGUACCUCAUGUGUCCAAAACUUUGUGCUAAACAUCGUGUGUCCAAGACUGUGUGCUGUACCUCGUGUGUCCAACAAUUUUGGAUGUACUUCAUGUGUCCAAGAUUUUGUGCUAAACAUUGUGUGUCCAAGACUUUCUGCUAUACCUCUUGUGUCCAAGACUUUGUGCUGUACCUCGUGUGUCCAAGACUUUGUGCUGUACCUCGUGUGUCCAAGACUUUGUGCUGUACCUCGUGUGUCCAAGACUUUGUGCUAUACCUCUUGUUUCCAAGACUUUGUGCUGUACCUCAUGUGUCCAAGACUUUGUGCUGUACCUCUUGUGUCCAAGACUUUGUGCUGUAACGCAUGUGUCCAACAAGAUUUUAUGCUGUACCUCUUGUGUCCAAGACUUUCUACUGUGCCUCGUAUAUCCAAGGCUUUGUGCUGUACAUCGUAUGUUCAAGACUUUGUGCUGUACCUCGUGUGUCCAAGAAUUUUGGCUGUACUUCAUGUGUCCAAGAUUUUGUGCUAAACAUUGUGUGUCCAAGACUUUGUGCUGCACCUCGCAUGUUCAAGACUUUGUGCUGUACCUCGUCUGUCUAAGACUUUAUGCUGUAAAUCGUGUGUCCAAGACUGUAUGCGGUACCUCAUGUAUAAUGAAGGUUACACAGAGAGUCCAAGGCCCCCACACAAUAUUUGAACGUAUUCUAAUUGAGUUUACUGCAGCAUGACGAGUACUAUAGCGCAAUGAUUUUUGUCCCUCUGACAUUCCAGUGUUUUCAAUUAAAACAUCCCAUCUAUGAUUGGAACCAAACUUGAAUGAAAACAUUGUCUCAUGAAUACUGAAAAUGUUAAACAAGACACAUUUUUGGCAAAAGAAUGUUGACUACGAAACGUGAACUGAAUGAUCCACACAUUCGUAGAACAUAGUUCUCUUUGGGUUUAUUCGUCUUCUUCUUCUUUAUUUUGAGGGCCCACGAUCAAUGAAUUGAUCAUUCUGGCUCCUAUGUUUCAGAGGGGUUUGCGAUGUUACUGUCCAUGGGUUUCAAUGGGAUACUUCACUGGUUGCAAGGGCAACUCAGCAGUGGUGUUAUGAACUGGGGGUUGGAAUACAGGAGGCAAUAGACACAAAUGUGUCGAGUGUAGCUGCCUCAACUGUUGCUUUUGGAAGCUUGUUCCCGUCCCCUAUUGUCUUCGGAAGGAAUGAGGAGCUCUGUACUUUGUUCUUAUUUUUACCAGCCGGAACUGUCUGUCGUGGCUUCGUCGCAGUCUAGGGGGAAGAUGAACGAGUUUCUGUUUGAUUCCGGAGCAGUGGACCAGCCCAUUUGUUAUCUUGUACAACAUGGAUAGUCGUCGUCGUUCUUCCAAUGUAGACCAGCCCAGUGUUUCAAACAUGCUGCCAACACUUGAGGUGCUUCUGUAGCGGUUCAUGACAAAGCGCGCUGCCCGUCGCUGGACCGCCUCCAACCUGUCGAUGCUUUUCUGGGUAAAUGGGUCCCAGACUGUAGAAGCGUACUCUAAAAUAGGUCGGACAAAAUCACGCUUGAGUUGCCGAUCUUCAGAUUGCGCCUUAGGAACCCCAGGGUCUUGUUUGCCCGGUUGCACACACUGUUAAUGUGCUCGUCCCAGCGGACCUCUCUUUGGAUGGUAACACCCAAGUACUUAACGGAGGAAACUGGCUCAAGAAUAUGGCCAUGCAGUUCGUAAGAGUGGUUUAGAGGGAACCUGCUUCUGGAGACUGACAGGGUCUGGCACUUGACGGGAUGAAAUUCCAUGUCCCAGCUCAUCUCCCACUCAGCUAACCGAUUGAGGUCUUGUUGAAGCUGGCUCUGGUCAGAGCUGUUGACGAUUGUCCUAUAUACCGCCGUGUCGUCUGCGAACAGUCUUGCUUGAGAGGUCAGCUUCUCUGGCAGAUCAUUGAUAUAUUCUAGGAACAAACAAGGGCCUAGCACUGAGCCCUGGGGGACCCCUGACUUAACACCGAAAAAGGAGGAGGUUUUGCCAUCUAUCACUACUGCCUGGCAUCGGUCGCUGAGGAAGCUAGAGAUCCAUGUUUUGGUAGUGCCUUGGAUCUCAUAUCUAUGCAGUUUGUGUAAUAGCAAGCUAUGGUUGACACGGUCAAACGCUUUUGAAAAGUCCAGCACAUGCACAUCAGUUUGCUUGCUGUUCUCCAAGUUGGUCGUCAAUCUUCAGCAAAUUCAAGGAGUUGGGUCUCGCAUGAUCUAUUGACUCGAAAGCCAUGCUGACAGUCAUUGAGUAUAUUAUUUCUUUCCAGGUGAUUCAUGACCACGCUUACGAUUAUGUGUUCCAAUACAGGGCGGUAAUUGCCUGGGUCGUAAUGAUCUCCUUUUUUUUGUAGAUUGGAGUGGCAUACGCUGUUCUCCAGUCAGUUGGAACGUUGCCUGUGAAUAGCGACGAUUGGAAGAGGAUUGUUAAUGCAGGAGCGAUUUAAUCGGCCAAUUCUUUUAGCACUCGUGGUUUGAUGUUGUCAGGACCACGUGCCUUGUAGGGGUUAAUGGUUUUAAGAAGUUCCAGCACACCCUUCUCUGAAAUCUGGAUAUCUUCCAUGGUGGGAUAGGCUGUGCUCAUCAUGUUGGUCUUCAGAAGGAACUCAACUUCUGAGUACUCUCUAACAUCCCCAAAGACCGACUAGAACUGUUGAUUGAGUAUGUCCGCCUGUUCUUUGGGUUCAGACGUCAACUUGCCUUCCCAUCUCAGGGGGGAAACCUCGAUGUUCGUUGACCUUUAAUGCUUGACAUAGCUCCAGAACCGCUUGUUCUUGGCGGUAGUAUCUUCCUCUGAGAAGAUGCGUUCAGGUAGUUCCAGUAUGAUCUGCGCAGUAAGCGUUGGAUGGUUCUUUGGAGCCUCAGUACUUCGGCUUUUAGUUCGACCGACCCAUUCUUCUUCAUACGUUUGUACUGGCGGUCUCUCCUGUGUAUGAGCCUUUUGUUUUCAGCCGUAACCCAUGGUUGAUUUGUCUUAGGUUUUGAGGUCUUGUGUGGUAUGAAUUUCAUCACUGCAUCGGUGAUUGUUGUCUUGAAUCAUCCACAGCUCUUCUGUUGUCGCAUUACCCUGAAUCUCAUGCAUGUUUGAACUCAGCUCAGUCGUUGCACUUCUCUGGCUAUCCCAGUCUGCCUUUGCAUAAAUGGGGAUUUCUCGCACAGCCUGUUUCUUUUUUAGCACGCUGACUUGAAAUUCGCAGUACGGUAUGCAGUGGUCUGAUAUCCCGGGGAUGACAUCAACUCUUGGGAUGAUAUGUGGACUGUUAGUGAGGAGUAGGUCGAGAGUGUUUUCCCCUCGCGUGGGUUCUUUAACCAUCUGUUCCAGACCAUGGCUGUUAAUUAUUUCCAUGAAUUCAGAGUGUAGGACCGGGUAUGGGGACUUGGGCUUCAAAGCAAGAAUCUGCCAGUUCCAACCAGGAAAGUUGAAAUCUACCCCUAUAAGGAUCCGGUUGGGUUUGCAGAGAUCCAGGAGUUCAAGAAAUUUGUGGCACUAUCUCCGUAGCAUCAAGCUUGGCAAAUCAUUAUGUCUUCAUUUACGUUUCAGUGUCUUUAAAAUAUUACAACUAAGAACAUCACUUUAGAGUGCCUUAAGAAUUUCAGAACUAAGAACAUAAUUUUACAGGUUCUUAAGAAUGUCAGAACUAAGAUCAUCGCUUUACAAUGCCUUAAGAAUGUCAGAACUAAGAUCAUCACUUACAGGGCCUUUAGAAUGUCAGAACUAAUGUAAUCACGUUAUUGUACCUUAAUAAUGCCAGAACUAAGAUCAUCACUUUACAAUGCCUUAAGAAUGUCAGAACUAAGAUCAUCACUUACAGGGCCUUUAGAAUGUAAGAACUAAUAUCAUCACAUUAUUGUACCUUAAUAAUGCCAGAACUAAGAUCAUCACUUUACAAUGCCUUAAGAAUGUCAGAACUAAGAUCAUCACCUUCAGGGCCUUUAGAAUGUCAGAACUAAUGUCAUCAAGUAAUUGUACCUUAAUAAUGCCAGAACUAAGAUCAUCACUUUACAGGUCCUUUAGAAUGUCAGAACUAAGAUCAUCAUUUACAGGGCCUUUAGAAUGUCAGAACUAAGAUCAUCGCCUCACAGGGCCUUUAGCAUGUCACAACUAAGAUCAUUAUUUACAGGGCCUUUAGAAUGUCAGAACUAAGAUCAUCACUUUACAGGGUCUUUAAAAUGUCAAAACUAAGAUCAUCACUUUACAGGGCCUUUAGAAUGUAAGAACUAAGAUCAUCACUUUACAAUGCCUUAAAAAUAUCUGAACUAAGAUCAUCGCUUUACAGGGCCUUUAGAAUGUCAGAACUAAGAUCAUCACUUUACAUGGCCUUUAGAAUGUCAGAAAUAAGAUCAUCACUUUACAAUGCCUUAAGAAUAUCAGAACUAAGAUCAUCACUUACAAGGCAUUUAGAAUGUCAGAACUAAGAUCAUCCAUUUACAGGGCCUUUAGAAUAUAAGAACUAAUGUCAUCACGUUAUUGUACCUUAAUAAUGCCAGAACUAAGAUCAUCACUUUACAAUGCCUUAAGAAUGUCAGAACUAAGAUCAUCACCUUCAAGGCCUUUAGAAUGUGAGAACUAAUGUCAUCACGUUAUUUAUACCUUAAUAAUGCCGGAAAUAAGAUCAUCACUUUACAAUGCCUUAAAAAUGUCAGAACUAAGAUCAUCAAUUUACAGGGCCUUUACAAUGUCAGAACUAAUGUCAUCACGUUAUUGUACCUUAAUAAUGCCAGAACUAAGAUCAUCACUUUACAAUGCCUUAAGAAGGUCAGAGCUAAGAUCAUCACUUACAGGGCCUUUAGAAUGUCAGAACUAAGAUCAUCACUUACAGGGAAUUUAGAAUGUCAGAACUAGGAUCAUCACUUUACAGGGCCUUUAGAAUGUCAGAACUAGGAUCAUCACUUUACAGGGCCUUUAGAAUGUCAGAUCUAAGAUCAUGGCUUUACAGGGCCUUAAGAAUGUCAGAGCUAAGAUCAUCGCUUUACAGGGCCUUUAAAAUGUCAGAACUAAGAUCAUCACUUUACAGAACCUUAAGAAUGUCAGAACUAAGAUCAUCAUUUACAGGGCAUUUAGAAUGUCAGAACUAAGAUCAUCACUUUACAGGGCGUUAAGAAUGUCAGAUCUAUGAUCAUCAUUCACAAGGCCUUUAGAAUGUAAGAACUUAAAUCAUCACUUUACAGGGCCUUUAGAAUAUCAGAACUAAGAUCAUCGCUUUACAGGGCCUUUAAAAUGUCAGACCUAAGAUCAUCACUUUACAGGGCCUUAAGAAUGUCAGAAAAAAGAUGAUCACUUUACAGGGAUUUUAGAAUGUCAGAACUAAGAUCAUCACUUUACAGGGCGUUAAUAAUGUCAGAACUAUGAUCAUCAUUCACAGGGCCUUUAGAAUGUCAGAACUAAGAUCAUCACUUUACAGAGCCUUUAGAAUGUCAGAACUAAGAUCAUCACUUUACAAUGCCUUAAGAAUGUCUGAACUAAGAUCAUCGCUUUACAGGGCCUUUAGAAUGUCAGAACUAAGAUCAUCACUUUACAGGGCCUUUAGAAUGUCAGAAAUAAGAUUAUCACUUUACAAUGCCUUAAGAAUGUCAGAACUAAGAUCACCACUUACAGGGCAUUUAGAAUGUCAGAACUAAGAUCAUCCAUUUACAGGGCCUUUAGAAUGUAAGGACUAAUGUCAUCACGUUAUUGUACCUUAAUAAUGCCAGAACUAAGAUCAUCACUUUACAAUGCCUUAAGAAUGUCAGAACUAAGAUCAUCACCUUCAGGGCCUUUAGACUGUCAGAACUAAUGUCAUCACAUUAUUGUACCUUAAUAAUGCCAGAUCAAAGAUCAUCACUUUACAAUGCCUUAAGAAUGUCAGAAGUAAGACCAUCACUUACAGGGCCUUUAGAAUGUAAGGACUAAUGUCAUCUUGUUAUUCUACCUUAAUAAUGCCAGAACUAAGAUCAUCAAUUUACAAUGCCUUAAGAAUGUCAGAACUAAGAUCUUCACUUACAGGGCCUUUAGAAUGUCAAACAUAAGAUCAUCAAUUUACAGGGCCUUUAGAAUGUCAGAACUAAUGUCAUCACGUUAUUGUACCUUAAUAAUGCCAGAACUAAGAUCAUCACUUUACAACGCCUUAAGAAUGUCAGAACUAAGAUCAUCACUUACAGGGCCUUUAGAAUGUAAGAACUAAUGUCAUCACGUUAUUGUACCUUAAUAAUGCCAGAACUAAGAUCAUCACUUUACAAUGCCUUAAGAAUGUCAGAACUAAGAUCUUCACUUACAUGGCCUUUAGAAUGUCAAACAUAAGAUCAUCAAUUUACAGGGCCUUUAGAAUGUCAGAACUAAUGUCAUCACGUUAUUGUACCUUAAUAAUGCCAGAACUAAGAUCAUCACUUUACAACGCCUUAAGAAUGUCAGAACUAAGAUCAUCACUUACAGGGCCUUUAGAAUGUAAGAACUAAUAUCAUCACGUUAUUGUACCUUUAUAAUGCCAUAACUAAUAUCAUCACUUUACAAUGCCUUAAGAAUGUCAGAACUAAGAUCUUCACUUACAGGGCCUUUAGAAUGUUAGAACUAAGAUCAUCACUUUACAGGGCCAUGAGCAUGUCAGAACUAAGAUUUUCACUUACAGGGCCUGUAGAAUGUCAGAACUAAGAUUAUCACUUCCAGGGCCUUUAGAAUGUCAGAACUAAGAUUAUCACUUGCAGGGCCUUUAGAAUGUCAGAACUAAGAUCAUCACUUACAGGGCCUUUAGAAUGUUAGAACUAAGAUCAUCACUUACAGGGCCUUUAGAAUGUCAUAACUAAGAUCAUCACUUACAGGGCCUUUAGAAUGUCAGAACUAAGAUCAUCACUUACAGGGCCGUUCGAUUCGUUUUUUUUUUAUUCGAGAGGAAAAUUGUUGGCAACACCGCCAUCGCUUUAACUUUCACAUAAUGCAUUUUAAUUAAUCUGAUCACCUCAGACAUUCGAUCAGUGUGUCAUAGGUCAGGUGGGCAGCUGUGAUCAACAUCUAAUUGACACGAUCUUCCAAAAUAUUUAUAAACUGAUUCUCAAUAAAAAAUGGAGCCAUGAUUUAUUUGACCUAGAUAUGUUAUGACACAAACUGGAGCUUAGCAAAAUUUACACCUUUCCACUGGAUGUCAUCUCAAUGUGAGGGUGUCAUCCGUGCAGCCGCCCCCACCCCCACCCACUCCUCAGCAUACCACAGUGACGUCAUGGAGACAAGGGUUUUCGGGGCGCACUCGACGGCACCUCCCUAGACUGACCUUGAGAUUUUUGUAUGUAUUCAGGAUAGACUAAUGUAUCUGUAACUAUCAAUAGAUGUUAGUGGUCAUUUAUCUGUAACUCUCUUUAGAUGUUGUUUUUUUUUGUCAUGUACUUGUAAAUAUUAGUAGAUGUUAGUGGCCUUGGUGUGGUAUCGUUUUAUUCAAACGAACGAUAUUGUGUUUUGGUGUUUGACAGAGGUCUUAACCUUUUGUUAUCUAUGUUUUCCAUGGAACCCUCGUCAGAUACGCUCGUCAGAUUUCUUAGAAAAAGUUUUUUAGUAUCUAAAAAAUAUUUCGAAGGAAAUGCUAUUCUCACCCUCACUGACAGAGGCCCACAUGUUAAGAAUGGCGGGCUUUACUGUCAGCGAUUAAAAUUAGUGACAUCCGUGGUCGAUAUUUGAUGAUCUGAUUAUUUAAGGCCAAUCUUCAAGUUGUCGAUUCUUAACGUCUGAAAUCUUCUUGAUUCCCUGGGAUGUACAGACCUGUUAUUAUAAUAUUUUAAUUAAAUGAUCCUUCCUAAAAAUAAAAAUCCAUGCAUGGGCGCCCGCGGGGGGGGGGGGGGCAAGGGGGGCACUUGACCUCCCCGGGGUUGAUUGGAUAAAAAUUUUUUAGACAAAAAAAGACAAAAAAUGUAUUAAAGUAAAGAGAAAAUAAAGAGAAAUAAAAAAUUUUUUUCCCCCCCCCCUGGAAAUUUAACAGUUUUUUUUGCCCCCCCCCCCCCUAGAAAGUUUUCUGCUGGCGCCCAUGAAUCCAUGCGCUGAAAAUGAAUAUGUACAGCAUAAUCAAAAGCCAUUUCCGUUGGAUCAAUAAAAGAAUCUUAUCGUAGCAAAGUAUUAAAUAUUGGCAGUUUGUUUACAUGAUAUAUUUCUAAAAUAAAAUGCGAUCAAAUUUAAAAGUAGGGAAGUGUGUUUAACAGAAGUUGUUUAAUUGGUCAUUUAACAGUAAAACACACAACCAAGCUAAGAGACGUCUUGUGGGUCUUAAAGUCUACCUUUUGCGUUUAUAGAUGAACUCCCCAUCCUAAAACCUGAAAUGUCCCCCCACCCCCUCAGAACAAUCCCAAGAUGCUCCACUGAGUGGCACAGUUGACAAAAUCCCUAAUCCCUAAUGAGAUAUGUUAACUCUCAAACUGGUUUCGUGGACCACAGCUUAAGUUCGGCGGGUCACAUUACAUCCACUCAAAUUGUUUCUUUAGGGAAGACACAUUAAUACUUUAAAAUUAUUAUUGCCUAAUGUACACUUAUCUUCGUCACGUCCUUUCAAAACUAUCUAAAUUGCACAUUAUCUUCCAGCUUUAAACGGCUGAAAUUUUUGACUUAGACUUGCUUUAGAUGGCGAAAUGCCAUCUCUCCCAACGCAUGUCUUCAAUAGACCUAAUGAACCGAUUGAAGCUUGAAAUCCCGUCUAAUUGAAUUUAUCGCGCGAGUUCGCGCGCCCUCAUAAACAUACUUAAAAUUUCCAGGUCAUUGAAACUCCAGAUUUAUUUAUGGUGACCUAGUUGUAAGGGUCAUGCACUUACCGUUUUAUACGGAGAUUGGCGUGUUGCUUGCUGCUUAAUUGUCUGAUGGGGACACUCGGGUGAUUAAACUGUCUUGUGAUAAAUGGACGUGGUAGGUAAACAAAUAAACAGGAUGAGAGCUGUAUUAAGAUUUAAUGGCUCAUUGUUUUAAGACGUAAUGGCUCUGUGUUUUAAGACGUAAUGGCUCUGUCUUUUAAGACGUAAUGGCUCUGUGUUUUAAGACGUAAUGGCUCUGUGUUUUAAGACGUAAUGGCUCUGUGUUUUAAGACGUAAUGGCUCUGUGUUUUAAGACGUAAUGGCCCUCUGUUUUAAGACUUUGUGUUUUAAGAUGAAAUGACGCUGUGCUUUGUUUGCUGUUAUAUACGGCUGGGGUCUGGGAAACUGGUACAUUUUAUUGUUCAUCUCCCCAUUCUGUUCUAGUUCAUAUGAGCAAAUUCUGUGUCUUUAUUGUUUCAACUUCUGGACGCCAUUUUUAAACAGGUUAAUAUAUUUGAAAUCUCGGAGAAAAAUGCAUCUCAUCCAGAUUUUGUUUUUCAAAGAUAGACGAAAAUUGCAUGUAUAACUUUUGAACUAAUAUAAUUUUUUUUAAUAAUGUAAAUGGUAAUUGAUGUAUUGAUGUACAUUUACGGUCGUGAUAGUAAAUAACGGCACAGCGAAGUAGAGUUAUAGCGUUGAUUGAGCACGCCACAUGACUGGGAGUGACGUCAACUUUUCUGUCAUCAUGUACGGGGGAAAAAGCGAUGCUCUUGACCUCCUUUUACAUGCACCAGCAUGACCUCCCGAGGAGUAGAACGAGAGUAUACACUCUCUACACCAGAUCAGACAGCAACCGUUUAAAACCACCCUGCCGCAUUAAAAAAAUUGUUUAGAAACAAACAAAAAGUUCUCGUCCCUUCACUGUCCCAGCCAGAUGAUCCAGAAUUUGAAUGACACAUGGAGCCGUUUGGAAAGUAGUCUUUAUCGUGAAUGCAAUGAUGCAAGACUCUCUGUCUUAAGAAGACAAUCGUCCUGGCACUUGAAGCCAAUCAAUCCCCUAUCAUCACCCACCCCCACUAACCCCAUGACCAGAGCUAUUUGAAUUAAUUUUUUUUUUUUUUUAAAUUCCUACACUAUGUUAAUGUGAAGUAGCAAGUCCCGAAUACAUUUAGAGAUCUUAUACAAUUCAAGAGCGUAGCUACUCAAAGAACAAGUAUAAUAAAUGAAGGACUGCUCUCAAGCUGUGGGAAGGCAAUAGUGAAACAAAGAGGAAGCUUGAAACACAAAGACAGGACAAUAGAAGGAUAACGUUUCGGCUAAGAAUCUUUUUCAGCAAUAAGGACAAAUGAAGAAAGAAGAAGGAAUAGAAAACAGUUUUGAAAUGUAAGUGUAUGGCGUUGGCCGUUUACGCUAUGGCCAGUAGUUGGCCAUUGGCCACAACGAUCACGUGUUCUAACGAAUUUACGUAUCAAUACUGUGGAAAAAUACGAUUUAAUCGAGUAAAAAAAAUAUGGAAAUAUUUAAAAUAUAAGAAAUAAGAAAAGAAAUACAAGGAACUUGAGACUCACUGGUAAGUGAUUAUUUGACUGAUUAAAAAAACCAAAGAGUUUGUAUACUUUGUGCGGAUCAAGGGAGCUUUUCUGGGGCGUUAAGAAUAUUUGAAUUUUUUUUUUUUUUAAAUCUAGAGACAUGUGACAGGUUGCAAAGACCUUGCGCAGACCCGCUGCUGGUAGCAUAGAAGCUAAUGCAAAGACGACACGUGUCAUAUUCGAUUAUGUCACGAAGUUGCGUGAUGUCUUCGCUCGUGUGAAAUGCGUGUAAUCGUUUUUUUAUCAAGCCAUCAAAGUAAUGCUACCAUACAAGGGCUUUCAAAAGUCCAAUUAAUGUGAAUAUUGCCAUACAAAUAUCAUUGUACAUUUUGUCAUACAGUUGUGAUUGUGAAUGUUGCCAUACAAAUAUGAUUGUGUAUGUUGCCAUACAUUUAUGUAAGGGUAUGUUGCCAUACGAUGAUGAUUGUGAAUGUUGCCAUACAAUUUUGAUUGUGAAUGUUGCCAUACGAUGAUGAUUGUGAAUGUUGCCAUACGAUGAUGAUUGUGAAUGUUGCCAUACAGUGUGAAUAACAAAUACUUAGAACAUAAAUGUAAAAAGAAAACUACAAUAUAAUGAUUGCCUUUUAAAUCCUAACGAGAUCGUGAUUGAUCCUCUUUGACAGACGACUCUGACACUGCACAUGAUAUUGCUGUCUAGCAUUAUUAAAAUACCGGCUUAUUCAAUACGAUUUCUUUUUUACAUUUGCUCUACUUUAGGUUCCAACACUGCUGUUGAUUUAUUGCUUUGUUCUGAUGGCUCUAAUACUGCAUUGUUCUGAUGGCUCUAAUACUGCAUUGUUCUGAUGGCUCUAAUACUGCAUUGUUCUGAUGGCUCUAAUACUGCAUUGUUCUGAUGGCUCUAAUAUUGCAUUGUUCUGAUGGCUCUAAUACUGCAUUGUUCUGAUGGCUCUAAUACUGCAUUGUUCUGAUGGCUCUAAUACUGCAUUGUUCUGAUGGCUCUAAUACUGCAUUGUUCUGAUGGCUCUAAUACUGCAUUGUUGUAUCCCUUGUUGCUCUGAUAAGUCUCAUGCCGCUAUAGUUGUACGUAUGACUUAAAAACACGGAUAUUUUAGACGUGCAUAAUUGUAUAAGGACUCCCAUCGUUGCGCAUGUAAUCGAAUACACCGCCAUGAAAAGAAACAUGAGACAUUUAAUCGAAUACACCGCCAUGAAAAGCAACAUGACACAUUUAAUCGAAUACACCGCCAUGAAAAGAAACAUGAGAUAUUUAAUCGAAUACACCGCCAUAAAAAGAAACAUGAGACAUGUAAUCGAAUACACCGCCAUGAAAAGAAACAUGAUACAUUUAUCUUGCAUAAAAACAAAUUUCCUGAAAAUGUCGCGCGGUCAGCGGGAUCGAAUUGCUGAUAGGAUAUUUCAUAUUUAUUUUGUAUUUAAAUUGUAAUUUCUUUUUAAGUUUUUUUUUUUUGUUGUUGUUGCAAUAAUUGAAUUUUAAAUCCCCAAAUAUUUAUUUACAAGAUCAUCACAAAAACUCCAGACAGUUUCAAAAAACGUUUAAGCAGAUCGAAAGUGAGAUUUAUUUUAUAACUAUUUCCAACGAAUGACGUCCAACAAAUGUUUGUUUCUUAUUUAAAAAAUUUAGAAUAGAGAGUUUGAAUUAUGACAUCAAGUAAUCUUUUUUUUCCCAAACAUUUAAUAAACUCUGGAAACACCAGUCAUUACUUUUAAUCUGGUGUAAGGAUUCUAAAUGUAAUGUUUAGUUUCAAAGAGGUUAUGUAGAUUUUAAGUGGCUUAAAAAUAAGCUGAAAAAUUGAAGCUAAAUCUUUAAUAUGUUUCAUAAUUUGUUCAUAAAAAAAACAACUAACAAAUGAGCAGAAGUCAGUGAAAUAUUUAAGUACUCGUGUGUCCAACAGUUUUUUUGGCAUGAAGAGAGGAUGGGGGGGGGGGGGGGUUGGAGUGAGGUGGAAACAUUUUAUGAUUGGAGGGUUCGAAACAUGGGGUGAUUUGAAGGUUACAAAUAUUUGUUGAUUGGAGGGUUGGGGAUAUUUGGUGAUUGGAAGGUUGGAAAUAUUUGGUGAUUGGAAGGUUGGACAUAUUUGGUGAUUGGAGGGUUGGAAAUAUUUGGUGAUUUGAGGGUUGGAAAUAUUUGCUGAUUGGAGGGUUGGAAAUAUUUGGUGAUUUGAUGGUUGGAAAUAUUUGGUGAUUUGAAGUAUAGAAAUAUUUGGUCAUUGGAAAGUUGGAAAUAUUUGUUGAUUGAAGGGUUGGAAAUAUUUGGUAAUUGGAGGGUUGGAAAUAUUUGUUGAUUUGAGGGUUGAAAACGUUUUGUGAUUGGAGGUUUGGAAAUAUUUGGUGAUUUGAAGUUUAGAAAUAUUUGGACAUUGGAAAGUUGGAAAUAUUUGGUGAUUGGAAGAAUGGAAAAAUUUGGUAAUUUGAAGUUUAGAAAUAGUUGGUCAUUGGAAAGUUGGAAAUAUUUGAUGAUUGGGAGGUUGGAAACAUUUUGGGAUUGGAAGGAUGAAAAUAUUUGGUUAUUUGAGGGUUGAAAAUAUUUGGUGAAUUGAAGUUUAGAAAUAUUUGGACAUUAGAAGGUUGGAAAUAUUUGGUGAUUGGAGGGUUGGAAAUAUUUGGUGAUUGGAAGGUUGGAAAAAUUUGGUGAUUUGAGGGUUGAAAACGUUUUGUGAUUGGAGGGUUUGAAAUAUUUGGUGAUUGGAAGAAUGGAAAAUUUGGUAAUUUGAAGUUUAUAAAUAUUUGGACAUUGGAAAAUUGGAAAUAUUUGGUGAUUGGAGGGUUGGAAACGUUUUGUGAUUGGAGGGUUGGAAAUAUUUGGUGAUUUGAAGUUUAGAAAUAUUUGGACAUUGGAAAGUUGGAAAUAUUUGGUGAUUGGAGGGUUGGAAAUAUUUGGUGAUUGGAAGGUUGGAAAAAUUUGGUGAUUUGAGGGUUGAAAACGUUUUGUGAUUGGAGGGUUUGAAAUAUUUGGUGAUUGGAAGAAUGGAAAAUUUGGUAAUUUGAAGUUUAUAAAUAUUUGGACAUUGGAAAAUUGGAAAUAUUUGGUGAUUGGAGGGUUGGAAAUAUUUUGUGAUUGGAGGGUUGGAAAUAUUUGUUGAUUGGAGGGUUUAAAACGUUUUGUGAUUUGAGGGUUGGAAAUAUUUGGUGAUUGGAGGGUUGGAAAUAUUUGGUGAUUGGAGGUUUUAAGAAAUUUCGUGGUUGUAAACAGUGGAUUUCGGAGUGUUGAAUCAGAAAUGAUGAAAGGGUUGGCAAUAUUUGUUAAUUUGGAGGAUUGGAAAAUCUUAUGAUUGGAGGGUUUAUGGCCAUAUUAUUCACACAAUUAUUUUAAAAGUCCAAUGGUCAGGAAACCUAGGCUAGUGAAGCAAUGUGUACAUAACAUUACCACUUUCAAUUAGGCCAGUGAAGCAAUCUGUACAUAACAUUACCACUUUCAACUAGGCUAGUGAAGCAAUGUGUACAUAACAUUACCACUUUCAAUUGGGCUAGUGAAGCAAUGUGUACAUAACAUUACCACUUUCAACUAUGCUAGUGAAGCAAUGUGUACAUCACAUUACCACUUUCAACUAGGCUAGUGAAGAAAUCUGUACAUAACAUUACCACUUUCAACUAGGCUAGUGAACCAAUGUGUACAUAACAUUACCACUUUCAACUAGGCUAGUGAACCAAUGUGUACAUAACAUUACCACUUUCAACUAGGCUAGUGAAGCAAUGUGUACAUAACAUUAGCACGUUCAAUUAGGCUAGUGAAGCAAUGUGUACAUAACAUUACCACUUUCAACUAGGCUAGUGAAGCAAUGUGUCCAUAACAUUACCACUUUCAACUAGGCCAGUGAAGCAAUGUGUACAUGACAUUAACACGAUCAACUAGGCUAGUGAACCAAUGUGUACAUGACAUUACCACGUUCAAAUAGGCUAGUGAAACAAUGUGUACAUAACAUUACCACUUUCAACUAGGCUAGUGACGCAAUGUGUACAUAACAUUACCACUUUCAACUAGGCUAGUGAAGCAAUUUGUACAUGACAUUACCACGUUCAACUAGGCUAGUGAAGCAAUGUGUACAUACCAUUACCACAGAGAGCUGUGGGGUGGGUUGUGUAGGCAGAGAGCUGAGGGGUGGGUUGUGUAGGCAGAGAGCUGAGGGGUGGGUUGUGCAGGCAGAGAGAUGAGGGGUGGGUUGUUUAGGCAGAGAGAUGAGGGGUGAGUUGUUUAGGCAGAGAGAUGAGGGGUGGGUUGUUUAGGCAGAGAGCUGAGGGGUGAGUUGUUUAGGCAGAGAGUUGAGGGGUGUGGGCUAUUGGCUGAGGGCUGCGUGAUGAUCGUUGUGGGCUGUGGAAUGUGGGCUGAUGUAUAUAACAUGAGCUAACGCUAUACAAAAUCUCUUCAAUCAAAUUAGGUGUAUUUCCUUAGACACGUUUUGACUGAAUGUUGAAAUUGUUCCCCAAACAACAAAUCAUGAAAUAAAUGCAUAUUAAAUUAUCAUUCUUUUACGUCCAACAGGAGAUGCAAUUUUGAAAUCCCCCACGCCUAUACAAUUUUUUUUUUUUUUUUUUUUUUUAAAUGCUGGGGUUUGUUAGUGAAGAAUUUUUCAUUAAUUGAAAGGAUUGCAUGUUCAGGUUAUUAACUAUGAAAUAUAUGCAUAUUAAAUUAUCAUUCUUUUACGUCCAACAGGAGAUGCAAUUUUGAAAUCCCCCACGCCUAUACAAUUUUUUUUUUUUUUUUUUUUUUAAAUGCUGAGGUUUGUUAGUGAAGAAGUUCUCAAUAAAUGAAAGGAUUGCAUGUUCAGGUUAUUAACUUGAAGUGUUCUUGGGUUGGGGGGGGGACGACAGUGUUUACCCUUAGAAUUUACAACUCCCCACAUAUUUCGCCUAGUGUAUAUUAAUGACGGGUUCAUUAACCGUAUAGCUUAUACUUAAACUAUAUUAUGUGUGUUGUACAGUAGAUUACAGGGCUGCUGAAUUCUUUGGAUACGCUGCACGCCAACACUGGCUUUUUCGUGUUUUGUUUGCUCACUCCAAAUUUAGUUUUCUAUCAAAACUGUGUUAUUAUUGAACGUGUGUUUCAUCGACUCAAUAUCUUCGACUGGUUUCAGAUAUCAAUCUUGGUAUUAAAAGUUAGGUUGGGGGGGGGGAGAGGAGGCGAGGGGAUGACAGGGAAGGGUCAUUGUAUUAAUUUUUUUUUCAAUAACUGAAAUUGUCACUCUGCGGCGUAAAAGCCGGUGGGCAGGAGGCGGUCCGCACAAGAUGGCGCUUUUUUUCUUUGAAUCGAGGCAUGCCAUUUUUGGCCUACUGCUGGGUUGUUUUUUUUUUCGUGGACCGGAUGGCAACAUUUUGGGAAGGCCCCGGGUGGCACUAGCCCUGGCUACGUCACUGGUCACUCAAAAGUUGUGUCUCCCUCGCUCAAGCGUAUUUAGUGUUUUGUCUUGCUGUGAAAGAUUAGCUAACAGCUGGAUAUUUCAAGCUGAAAUCUCAUAGCAAUAACUUCAGUGCAGGGGCGUAGUAAGGAGGAUGCGUAAGGGGCUAUCCCCCUCCCCCCUCCCACCACAGAUGGCACUUUCUUUCUUUAUAUGGAUGGGUGGCAUUUUCGGCCAACUGCAGAGUUCUUCCGUGGUAAAAGAAGGGAUGGCUAAAAUCGUGGCCGGCCCCCGUUAGCACUAAUCCUAGCUACGCCACUGCUUGUGCUCGGCUAUGUAGCUCCAGUAAUUGUUUUAGUUUAGAGGGUAGAAUUUCCGGGUAAUCUGAGUGGCAUCGUUUAGUGUGUCGUAAAAAAUAUCGGGUUGCUCCGCUGUCACGAUUUAAAAGGGACGCCUGAACUACAAAGUGGGCCACCGUCCAUACAACUUCAGAUUGCCAUUACUGUUACAGGAAACCACAUUUUGCAGGGACCAACUAUUUAAAAUAGCGUUCAGGAUUUGUAAUUAUAACUGAUUUCAUCCGUGAAUGCUUUGAUGCUAUUCAGUAAAAUGGUAGAGUUUUUUUGUUGUUUUUUUUUACCGUUAACAUGAUGUAAUUAAAUUCAGAAAUAAUGUACUCCUUUACCUAAAUUUGCGAUCUAAAUUGACAAGUUGGGAUCAUAUUUUUAUGAUAAAAGAACAACAACAAUGUCAACAGGUCCCCUGUUCCCGAUAUCGAAAUGUAGGUCAGUGGAACGUGGGAUAUUGAUGUAGAUAGAGAUGCCAUUAUGGAAUAGUGCAGUUGAAUAACACUGUUCUUCCUUAGCACUCAUUUAUUGGAGAACGAAAACAUUGGUCCGAUUAUUUAAAGUCUAGCCAAAAUGGAAGACCCGUCACUUGACUUGGUCUCGGGGAAUAUUUCAUACAGAAACUGUAACACAUCAUAUAUGAGUGGGUUAUGAUGUUACUUGUAUAGAUUUGUAGUUAUCGCUGACACUAUUCAUCCACAUUUAUACGUCCAUGUUUAUCCAAACAAGUACCAGAGAACUUCUUGACAUGGCACCACGACGUUUAUUUACUGAUCAACGAACACAUAAUAAAAUAAUAUCUCUGUAGAUCAGAGUAAAAUAUAAUUCUUCAUAUAACUUCUUCCAUUUCACAAUCAACAUUAAGAUGCUGUUUGAUAACUAAAGGAUCGUAGCAAGUGCUAAUGACAAAAUCUCCAACCGUCACUGUACAUUUUCAUCCAUCCCAUCAUUCCUUAACUUCCUGUUAUUUCUACUUAACAAAACAAUACAUUAUUUUCAGAAACAAAAUUGAUAUCUAAAUAUUUGAUCUGUGACAGAAACAUUUUGAAAAUAUAACAAUAUUCUAGAAUUAAUCUUAUAAAAAGAUUUUGUUAUAAAUGAUGUAUACACAAGUCAAGGUCAACGCUCUAGUUCAUGGCACCCUUUCAACAACAAGGAUUGAUGAAUGCAAUCAUGUAAAGGAUUUUACUUAAUGUUUUGGGUCUGAAAAAUGUAUGUUUAAAAAAUCCUUUAAAAUGGAUUGUUCUGUAAUAUGAUAUCCAUCCUUUAAUAAAUCAAUGCCAUUUGUGUACUCACGCAAGCGAAGAACGAUUUCCGUACGUUAAUCUGUAAAUUUUGUUACAGCCAGAAUUUUCUUUUAAAGAUAUAAUACUUAUUUUCUCUCUCUUCCAACCAUAAAGUGGUAAACAAAAGCAGCUGCUGACAAACAAUUUAUUUUGAAUUCCAUCGAAUUCUUAAUGAGCAACUUGAUAUUAUUUUAUUAUGUUGUUUUCACUUUUAAACAAUAAGUUCCAUUUCGUUGAAAACAUCGGUGAUUUUUGUUUCUCUCUAAGCUCUAAUCUCUCAUUUUUGUGUGUCACGUAACCGUUAUUAAUUCAGAUCUUCCUAAGUGUUUAUUCAAGCGAUCUCUUCUAUGGCGAGGGUUACGAGUGUCGCGAUCCCUAGUUAUUGGUUUCUUGCAUCAAAUUAUUUGUCACGUGCAUGCGUGGGCAUCACACCGAACUGAACUCUUUUUUCCAAGAGCCAUGUAAAGUUACACUCCUCGAAAAAUGUAAAUAAUAAUUUACACACACGCAUUAUGAGUUAUCUCUUGCCAUUAUAGAACGACUCGUAUGUGUUAGGAGAUACGGCAAAAAUCUUUCUCCCGACUAGCAAAGCUGCCGGCCUACAUAUAGAUAUUAAAUCAGAACGAUCUAGUAAAGAAAUUCUAGAAAUGGCGUCACCUAAUGGCAUUCUUCGGAACAAAAAGUAGGUAUUUGAACGCAAACAACCCUUUCCCAAUCAAGGGAGGGUUGGGUAAGGAGUGACACAGCACAUUUACUCAGUGUCGUCAAUGUCAAAACUAAUAACGGAGGACGGGAGUGGUCGACACUUUAGCUCAACUUGAAAAUGAACCUGUGGCAAGAUGUAGGCUUUGAUAUAUUAAUAUAUAUCAAACUGUACAAUGAAUGAAACACAUGGAUAGCGCAGCUCGCUAUAAGUAGAAAAAUAUAGUACAACCUGCUCCAACCAAGCUCUGACACCCAGCUGUAGCACCUACACAAAAGACAGACUAGAAACACUACGUCACAGUGACAAUAAUAACUUGUCAGAUUACGUCACAAGCUUUGUGGCGCCAAAAGCGUUCAUUAACUAGAAUAUCACACAAGACACACCGCGCACAAUAAAACACAAUUUUAGGUGUGCAACAACUACUGGUGAAUUUCCCUACUCGGCAAAGAGCAGACGGUAGGUUGGGACUCGCUCUCUUCAUACGGAGGCCAUGAAACGUUGGUAGUGAUAGCACUGCAUCCAGUUAGUGGCAUUGGAACAAGAUUACUUUUGUUUUACAUUGCCAGAGGUGGCCCUUGGGGUGGGUGUUUUUUUUUUAUUCUUAAUAUUGUAUUUCUUGAUUGCGCCACGCAACCUUUACCCCAAGGUGACAAAGCCUGCUAUGGUGUUCACUGUUCUUUGGGUAUUAGAUCGUCCACACUAAGCUGAUGCCAAGGUCUUGUCUCUCUGUCUGCACUCAAAAUAUUAAUUGGCUUCUUAAAAAUAUCCAUAAAAUCCCAAGCCAGUGAAUGGAUCUUGAAUGGCCGUUGUAGAAGUUUUGUUGACAUAACGACUCAGUGCACACCCUCAAACCUCGGACAUGCCGACAGGGGGGAGGAGGGGGGAAUGAAUGUUUACGGAAGGAAAGGGGGAAGAAUGAAGAGGACACGUGAACACUCAUUUAUUUCAUGUUUUACAAAGGUAGUUUUAUUUUAUCUGAACUGGGAGGGGAGGUUGAAGUUUGGGGGGGGGGGGGGGGGGGGGGCACCGAAAAAUGCGGCUCACAACUUCGCAUAUAUUUUUUUUCUCUAAAAAAUAGAUUGGAGCUUGGUUCAAUGCAUUGAAUACACUAUAAAUCUUCUUUUUUUUUUUUUUAUUUUUUUUUUUUUUUUUUUGCCAUGUUGCCUUUUUUUAAUGUCUAUAUAUGUCGUCAUGGAUGCGAGGAGUCUUUUGAAAUGUAUUUCUUUUUUCUUUGCUUAAAAGAGAGAGAGAGAGAGAGAGAGAGAGAGAGAGAGAAAGGGCAAGGCAUGGAAUGAGAUGACCAUCAUCUCCAUAGAAUAUUAAAAGAAUCUGUGAACGGCAUGUGCCCUAAUAGUCGGAAAUUGUGCAAAGAUAAAAACGGGCAAAAAUAUGUCUACUGGCUCAGCCUAUUUCAUCUAUUCGUAGCCUUCUUUAUGAUCUCGGUUCUAAUUCAGAUUUCUUUGAAGUCAAGUGCCUAAUCCUGUAUAUGUACUGUACCUUGUUAUGUGCCUAAAUAUAUGAUGACAAAUUGAAAUUUUCUGACACAUUUUUUUAAUGGUUUAAGAGCCGUUUUAAAGGUCCAGUUAACAGUGUGCUAUGGAAAAGCUACUAGUGAAUACUGAUGGUCAUAUUCUUAGCCCAUUAAUCAUACCAUGAUUUUUAUUGUUCUAAAAUCUGUGAGAAAUGACCAGUGUGCGCCCCCCUACCCCCCCCCAACCACUUCUGAAGUGAAUACAGGCAUGAACAGGGUAGUGAAGUUUCAUGAGGGGGGGGGGGAUCAGGCAUGAACAGGGUAGUGAAGUUUCAUGAGGGGGGGGGGGAUUUUUUUUUAGCUGGAGAAAUAUUUUAAAUAUCAGACGUUUCAAAUUGUUCUAAUUAAAAUUAAUUGUUGUCUUCACCAGAAAUGGUAUCCAUAUUUUUAAAAUGAAUACGUGAAAUGUUAAUGAAGUACAUUUCCAUUGAUUUGGAUGAAUACUAUUGAAUAUUAUCUCAUCGUAUCUUUUUUGUUCAGCGACGCCGUUAUGGAACUCGGCCAGAUUGUCCAUGGCGAUCUUCGCCUUUUUGGGAUUUCUCAACUUCUACAGCCUGCGGGUCAACAUGAGCAUAGCCAUCGUCUGCAUGGUCAACCACACGGCCAUACGUCACCACGACGCCACCAACAACACCACUAAUGCGAUUCAUCAGAGAGGAACCGCGGCAUCUUGCGAGCUCAACGCGGAUCCAUGGAAUUCAAGUCUUGCGUCGUACUCAGACGAAGAGGUUUGGGCCAAACGCAGAUACUUGAUAAUAUACAAAAUCUGAAACUUGAACUCGGAGUUUUGGGGUUUAAGUUUUCUUUGAAUAGAUUAAAUUAGGUCUGCCAAGACCAGGCAAUGGGUAAAUCCUGGAAGCAACUGAAAGGGACAGGGCCAGAAAACUUAUCAGAAACUAGGGAAAAGAUUUAGGACUAACCCCACCCAUUUCCAUCAGAAUACAAUUUUUUUUUUUAAAGCCGUGAAAGUUGGUUUCUGAUUGUUGACAGGGUUGCCACGGUUGCCUUUGAUCAUAAAGAACCCGUUACCUUAUACCUCUCUGGAUUGUCAUCCAUUAAUUAUUUAUAAUUUGCAAUGCUACUUGAUUUAGGUAUCAGGGCUUGGUUUGGGAUUAGAAAGUUGUAUUGCAUUGAAAUCUUAAGAGUCAAAGUAAAAAUGUAAAUAGUGUUUAAUUUUAAAAUGAAAGUUUAAAACAAUUUUUUUUUUAAAUUUUGUUUGUUAUAGGUGUAUAAGCGUUAGUUAAAUCAGACCAUUAGUCCAUAGACAGUUUUUUUAAAAAGUGUUAUGGGAAUAUAAAUCUAUGAUUAAAUACAUCUGUUCUUGAAGUCUUGACAGUUAGUCCAUACAUUAGUAACUUUGAAAACUAAUAAUUGCUGACAUAAAACAUGCCCUAAUCUGUAUGUCUUUUUUUUCAAAAAAGAACUGUUUUCAGAAAUGUCCUGGAUUUUUCCGAGUCGACCAUGUAUUGCUCGAGUUAGACAUCUUGGAAGAGUAAAAUGCCGCCACAUAACCUUUAGGAACUUAAAAUUUAACAAUUAAAAUUUUAAAUUUCCUCGCUAAACAUUUAAGUACAUGGUUCUAAGCCUUAACAGGGUCAAUUUUAUAAGAGUUUUAAUGAAGUUUUCCCUUAUGACUCACCAACACAUUGUCACCAUCACACAAGGAACGGUCUUAUCCUUCAAUCCACUGGAAUGCCUUUUCUAUAAUUUAUAACGGUCACCUAACUUUGUAGUUAGUAUUUAGAGAAUUCUGAAAUGUGUCAAACUAUAAUUGUAUGUUUUUGGCUUUAGAAAUGCGGGCUAUAUUUUAGAGUCAAUAUUUUCUAAUGGUUAAGAGUAAUAUGGAAUGGGACACCCCCCAAAUAAAUCAUGCAAAGAUCUAAAGCAGUGGAUCUCAAAGAAGGCGGUACCGCCCUCAGUAGACGGUGAGGGGUUGUCAAGGAGAGGGGCGUUGAAAGGCUUAGCAAAUUUUUAAGGGGGCGCUGGUACCAUUAAAGGAGGCGGUAGGCAUUUCAUUUGGAAGCCGUUGACUAAUUCAAUUAUUACAUUUCAAAGAAGGUUUAGGCAACGGUUUUGAUUGGCGGUGACAAGCAGGAGUUAAUGAUUUAUUUUUGUUUGCCCCACGAAGAAGAGAAAAGACUUUAGGAUAUAAUAUUUAAAAAGAUGUUCCAGAGUUCAUUAACAAAACAUUUACAUUCAGGUAAGUGCUAUGAGCGGAAAACACUUGGACUUGUAGUCUUAAAUGGACUCUUUACAAAUGAGCCGCACACUAACAAGAAUGAUUUACUACGAUUUUAUUUAUUUAUUGGUUUUAUAUCAUGUUGCUUGCGUGCAUCUUAUGAUAUCACAUUUUAUUGUUGAUUGAUCGGAAAAGUUACCAACAAUCAGUGAUCUAUUCACCCUACCACCUUUAAGAUAGCUUGCACCUUCGUUGACGGAAGGCUGAACAUGUGUCGUGUAGUUGUGUAGCAUAGCACAUGAAACGGGGCUGACACUUCUACUGGAUGAAUUGACUUUCAAGAAAAUGAAUCUUUGCUUAUCGCUAGUGUAUUAUUUUAAAAGGAGGAAAUCAAGAUGACGAAAAAAAAUUAUUUUGUAUUUUAAAUCAAUUUUGUCAGUUAAGAAAUAUUCCACUAAAAAGGAUUUUUAUUGCAAUUGAUGGAGCACCACCAAUGACUGGUUUCAACCGUUCGUCAUUGCACAUGCGAGAGGAAAUAAAUCAGGGCAGAUGUUCUGUAUUAUUCAUGACGUCAUUGAUCGCCAGCAACCGGUAGCUAAAAACGUCAGUGCCCUUCGUAACUCAGUACAUUAAUUUUACGAACACGCUGAAACUGACUGACUAUUCCCAACGCUCUGUGUUGGAAGCGCUGCAGUAGAAAUUGAUGCUCUCAUCGUAAUGGCUCCAUAGACAUUCCACACGACAUAGCUUUUCAUUGUGCUGGCUCUAAAGACAUCACUCAUGACACUGAUUUUGAUAACUUUUCAGUUGCAAUGUGAUGAGACCUGACUUACAAAAAAAAAAUCAAACUGGUUUCCUUACUUUGGAAUAAAGAUGGUAGCUCUAUUCAAACUCAAAAUAAAACAGACGCGAUUUGUCCUAGUUUACAAGUCAUCAAGAGCUAGAAGAUAAAGAGUUUAUUUUCAAAAUGAUUGUCAGGUACAGCGAUUCGAGAAUUUUCUCGCCACGGAAGUCACCGAUUGGGUUAAUAUCAUAUUUCCUGAUUAAUGCCGUUGUUGUAGAACAAAUGUUUGAAAUCAAAGUUAAAGAUUGGUAGGAAAGUUUUCCUAUACUAAGACACAUUUGUUGUCAUAUCAUCCACAGUGGAAUGCCUCUGAUUGCAUUCGUAUCAUUGUAUUUGGUGGCAGGUGAAUGUAGAUUUAACCCGACAGGUAUGAAAAACUCUUGCUACGUAAUUAACUUAUUAAGGAAAAGCUUGAUGAAAUCCUUCACCUUAUAAUUGAAUCAAUAACAUAAAGAUGCAUUUGUACAUCGAUUCAUGUUCAAAUAUAUGUUAUAGUGUGUCACGUCGGUAUCAAAUUAUGUUUAAAAGAGAGUCGUGAAAAACGUCUUAGAAUGCUUAAGAUUGGGUUCGACAGGGUGGCGGUCAGGGAGGGUUUAUUGGCCCAAGGGUGGUCUGGCCGGAAAACGUUUGAGAACCACUGCUACAAAGCAAGAGAUAUGCGUCAACAUUUACUUUAGGAAAUUGCGAGUUAUGAGAUACCGAUAUUACAUUAUUAUUUUACGCAUUAGCGUCACGAGGGGGAUUUGUGGUGUCGAGUGUCGACCGCAGGGCGUGACAACCGCACCCCCCCCCCUUUUUUUUUCCCAGAGGUUUUAUACCAAAUAGAUUUGAAUGUCAUUAAAGUAGGGUGUCACCAGAGCCGGGUGCAACUAGAAAAUGGACAACCAGAACAGGGCGCUCCUAGAACAGGAUGCCACCAGAGCAGGAUGCCACCAGAGCAGGAUGCCGCCAGAGCAGGAUGCCACCAUAGCAAGUUGCCACCAGAGCAGGAUGCUGCCAGAGCAGGAUGCCACCAGAGCAGGAUGCCACCAGAGCAGGAUGCCACCAGAGCAGGAUGCCGCCAGAGCAGGAUGCCGCCAGAGCAGGAUGCCACCAGAGCAAGUUGCCACCAGAGCAGGAUGCCACCAGAGCAGGAUGCCGCCAGAGCAGGAUGCCGCCAGAGCAGGAUGCCGCCAGAGUAGCAGACUCGGAAGAAGUUUAUGGGGUAGUCUUGAGAGGAUGACACUAUGAGUAUUGUUGUUGUUCGUCUGUCGAAGUCUACUAGGACCAUCGAAUCAACCGGUUAGGGAGAGGUUGGGAUUACGGUGAGCUCGUAGGUGGCUUGCUAGACCGAUCCUUGCUCGGAAUAAUCUAUGACACCGUGGGCAUGGAAUAGUUUCUUCAGACAGUGACCUGAUAUUGCUCUUUCGGACAAGCCUGCGUGUCUCAGCUGUGGAUAUUCUAUUAGCUUCAUGGGAUUUAGCUCCCUUCUUGACAGCAGCUCUCCACCUGGCCCUGUCCUGGGUUGUCUGCACCCAUUGAGUAGGGUUUAUGCUGAAGGCCUUUAGUGCCACUUUCAGUGAUUCUUUGCAACGCUUUUUUUUUGACCUCCUUGGGAGCGCUUGCCUAUCGUGAGUUCUCCGAAGAAUAAUUGUUUCGGGAGCCGGUGGUCUUCCAUACGGGCUACGUGUCCCAUCCAACGGAGCUGAGACUGCAUCACAGUGGUGAAGAUACUAGGUAGGUUCGCUCUAGCGAGGACCUCGGUGUCGGGGACUUUGUCUUGCAACCUGAUGUCGAGGAGAUUCCUGAGGCAGGUAGUGUGAAAAUGAUUCAGUUUCUUGGCGUGACGCUGGUAGACUGUCCACGUUUCACAUCCAUAAAGCAGUGUCGGGAGGACUGCUGCGCUAUAGACCUUGAGCUUUGUUUCUCGACUGAUACCUCUCCUGUCCCAAACAGUGCUGCGGAGCCUGCCAAAUAGGGCACUAGCAUCCACUGAUGAUGAUGUUGGGUUCAACGUAGGGCUUACUGGGAGCUGGCUGAUACAUCACCUCAGUCUUCUUUGUGUUGAUUGUGAGGCCAAAGUUAUUGCAGGCCUCAGAGAAGAUAUCAACGCUGUGUUGCAUGACGGCUUCUGAGGGAGCGUUGAGGGCACAAUCGUCUGCAAACAGAAGCUCGUUGAUCGUGGUAUGUUUGACCUUGGUUUUAGCUUGAAGCCUCCUAAGGUUAAAUAUUGAUCCAUCAGUACGAAACCGGAUUGGCAACCCGUGGUGGAGUCCUUAAACGCACCAGACAGCAUUGCGGAAUACAUAAUACUGAAGAGUGUGGGAGCAAGAACACAACCCUGCUUUACACCGUUUGUGACGUGGAAUGCUUGAGAUGAUUGACCGUUGUCCUGCACUCGGGCCAUCAUACCAUCAUGCAGCUGACGGAUGAUGUUGGUGAACUUGUCUGAGCAUCCGUAUUUCUUUACGAUUUUCCACAAGCCACCUCUAUUGACCCUGUCAAAGGCCUUAUUCGAGUCGAUAAAUGUAGAAUAUAGGUCUGUAUUUUGUUCCUGGCAUUUCUCUUGAAGUUGUCUGGCAGCAAACACCAUAUCGAUGGUUCCGCGUUUUUUACGGAAACCGCAUUGACUUUCGGGUAGGAGAGCUAGCUCCAGAUGUGCAUUCAGGCGGUUCAGAAGGGCUCGGGCCAAGAUCUUGCCUGCAAUGGACAGUAGUGAAAUUCCACGGUGAUUGUUGCAUGCCUGGCGGUUUCCUUUGUGUUUGUACAGGUGAAUAAUUGAGGCAUCCUUGAGGUCUUGUGGUACAGUUUCCGUCUGCCAGAUGAUUUGGAAUAAGCGCAAUAGCUUAUCCGUCAGCGCUGGUCCACCCUCCUUGUAGAUUUCGGCAGGAAUCAUGUCGGGGCCAGGUACUUUGCCAUUGGGCAUUUGGCGGAUCGCUGUCUGUAUCUCAUCAAAAGUUGGGACGGCGUCCAGUGAAUUGUUCGUUGGGACCUGGGGGAGUGUAUUGUGAUGGGUGACAACAUAAUAUAAAAAAAAAAAAAUUAAACUCACAAAAAAUCUGCUAGAUAAAAAAAACAACUAGUUUUCGUAAAUGAUCAAACAAGCAAAUGGUCCAGAAAAUGGUCCGGCAAGUGUACCAGCAAAUGGUCCAGCAAGUGGUCCAGCAAGUGGUCCAGCAAGUGGUCCGCAUGAAUUUGUCUCGGAACUACGUUUUCCCUCCACUUACCAUUAUCUCGUCGGUGUUUCUACACGCCAUAUGUUGAGUCGGGCGUCGCGAGUUAAAUGACCGCUUUUUGUGUUUGUUAGAUAUCUGCACAGUCAUGACAGGUAUGUGUCACGUCAACUCUGGAAAAGGGGGGGGGGUGGGAUUUCCCCGUGUGGUCACGAUGGCACACCGCCAUCAGACCUCCGUUAUUUAUCAGACAAGUCCAUGUUGAAUCUGUACCGGAUGUUUGGGCUGACCAAUCCCGACACGUUCGAUGGCACGGGUUUCUGCAGAUGGGAUUUAUGGGGGCGCAUCUAUUGUAGAAAGCUGUUUAAAUCUAUUUAUAGCUUCGUGUCACAACCUUUUAGCAUCGUGCUCCGUGUCGGGGCCCCAGGGUGAAAGCCAUGUCGUCUGCUGCCAUUUUCGUAGGGCUCGAUUCUUUCAUGUUGGUAUUCGUAGAAUAACGUGAACGAGUAGACAGAGUCAAAUACGCUUUAUUCGUUCUUGUGUCAAGUAUCGUGAUAUCAUUGAGAAGUAUCGUGAUAUCAUUGAGAAGUAUCGUGAUAUCAUUGAGAAGUACUGAAAUUGUUGAGAAGCCUUUGAUACAAAUAUAAUUAUUGCCAUUGCUCUUUCGUGGUGUCUGCACACACAAACAACCCUUAACUGUGGUGAGAGCAAGGUUUCAUGCUCAAAGCCAGAAGUGUAAAAAGGAAAAUCUUCAAAGCCCACUCAAGCCAAUUGUAUUGGACCUCAGGAACUAGUAGAUAACCUAAUUCAUUGUCGGAACCAUUCCUAAGAUUUUACAUUGUGUAGAACAUUUCAUAAAGAAUCUUUUCCUUCCGCCGUGUUAAUUGUGCAUUCCUUUUUAAUUGCAUUUUAUUUUGUUGUUGUUAUUGUUUUUUUUUGUUUGUUGUUAUUUCCUUUUCAUCUUUAUUCCAGCCAUCUUGAUUGGAACGAAGAUUUUCUUUAAAUGAUCGUUCUACUCCAAUCUUGCUUGAGGGCUCUUGGCUCAAAUGAGAUUUGUUUUCUUUUUUCUUCUUUAUAUCAUGUACAACAUAUGCAUUGAAGGAAACGUAUCGGUAAAAAGUUGAAGCACAUAAUUAUAAAGCUGAUGUGUGUGAGGUCAAUUAAACAGGCAGCGUUCGUGUUUAUAUCUAAUGCGAAUUGAUUGCGCAGAAAUAUUUUAUAACAAAAAAGUUUAAGAAUGACAGCCCUCGUUUAGCUGUGAACUAGGCUACCCUGUUUUUUGAUGACAUGAAACAGCGACGUCAAAGCCAGCGUUCUGAUUUAUUCGGGAUUCGCACGGCACGGAAAUGAGAAGUUAAAGUUGUAAUGCUGCAUUUGUUACACAUAUCGAACUCCUAUCUGUUGUACAGAAGCCAAAGCAUGGCUCAAAUUUCAGUUCUUGUUAUUGUGUAUCUGAGAAGAAUUUAUAAGUCCAUUGCUAUCAAGAAAUAUAUAUAAAUAUAUCUAUAUAUUUAUUUAUUUAUUUAUCAAUGGUUGAAAUAAGCAAGAAAUCACUUUCUCGUUUAGGGUGCAAUAUAAAAAUCAUUAUAUAAUUAAUCUAACAUAACAUGAACAUGACCCGAUGUCAUGGCCACAAUUCGUUACAAUGUUAAUCUUAAAGUUAUUAAAUGUUAUAAUAUCUGAAUAAUUAUUUCACGUGUGGUUAUUAUAAUUUAAGGAAGGAUUCUUCCAAUAAUAAUUCUCUAACCGCGUUGUGGGUUCUCCUCUGAGGGUGGUGGAAAACAUUAAAUUCCUCCCGCCAAGAGCCCCCCCCCCCCCGGGUCACCCGCAAACCAUCCACACAAAAUAACUUGUUACAUCAUGCUACGUAAGUUGUUUUAUCGAUUGAAUCCCCUUCUGCUCAUGAAGUUUUCAACAACUCAAGUUAACCGUUUGCUUCUGGGAAAAUUAAAGCUUGUUGGCGACAGUUAUUUCCCUUAGAAAUUAUCCAACCUGUGAUUCGCAUAUCUAUAUAUAAUUCGCCAGCAGAAGUAGGGCAAACAACAAGACGACCAAGACGACCACGCAGGCUAUAAAUAGAUACGCCAGAGCAAGCAAGACGCAGGCAAACCCUCCCCUCCCUUGCCUGCAACAAGCUCGCGGCGUUAGCUAAGCCGCGGGUCGGCUAUAUUUAUAGAGUUCAUGGGCUAAAAUAAAAAGUGUGCAGUGACGUAUUAUGAAAAAAAAAUGUGGGUGGGGGGGGGUGUAGCAAAAUUGGCAUUCUUAAAUGUGCGUAACUUGAGCUCACGUUUUUGUCAAGUAACUUUAGUACAUGGGAAGUUCACGCAUUGCUGUCGCCAAUGUUUGGCGGGCGAUAUCUAGUAUAAUAGAAUGUGCCAAUAAUAUCAUUGGUUACAAUGGGAAAGGUGUUGUCCACUGGGCCUUCAAUCAAAUUAAAUUGCCAAAAUCUGUCAAUAUUCAUGACCAAUAUGUGAAGCAUGACGCCUCUAAAAGAGUGAGUCUCCAAGAAGUGCAAGGCCCUGGGCCAGCGCCUAGUGUGCCCAUGCCAUAAGAGGGCACAGAAUAUGACACUGGUUCAACAAACUAAAAUACCGCCUUUUUUUUCAUCGAACAGGAUGGCGAGUUAAUCUGGGACAAAGAAGGUCAAGGCCUUAUCCACAGCUCUCUCUUCUGGGGCUACAUCCUCACGAACCUGCCCGGGGGCAUCCUCGCCACCCGGUACAGCGGCAAGCACGUGAUGGGACUGUCCCUGCUGGCGGCCGCUCUGCUGACCCUCCUUGUGCCAGUGGUGGCCAGGGCCAACAUCCAGGGUCUCAUGGUGCUGAGGUUCAUCACUGGAGCAUCACAGGUCUGUGGUUCCUUUUAAGCGUUACCUUUUAAAAUGAACUAACCUUAGGCUGAAACAAAAUUUUGGGUUUGCUGUAAAUCUACUCUAUCCCAAUCAACCGUUUUUUGUCGUCCCAACCCCCCCGCCCCAUGUCUUUCUUUGUAUUUUUUUUUUUGGGGGGGGAGGGGUGGGAGGAUGCAAACUUCAUUUUUUUAGUGAAAAAAAAAUUGCUUUCUUCACUUAGGAAUAAUAAGUUAAUUUAUGAAACAUUAAAUGAUAUGUAGAAAACAUGUUGUCAGUUUUCUCUCUAUGGCUAACUUUACACAAAAACAUCAAACUAUAAUGUUAGUCAAAUAACCAUACGAAUAUUAGUUACAUUAAUGAUUACAAUAAUAUUUUUUUUUUUUAAUUUCUUAAAGAUAACCUGUAACUAUUUUUUUUUUGUUCAACAAAAAUAAAUAUUUUUUUCUUGGAUCAAGAUCAUUGUAGAGAAGAAGCCUAGUAGACAGGUCAGCUUUGAUUAAUCCAUAAUAGGGUCCUAUAAAUAGAGCCGCUGGAUUCUGUAUUUGGACCUGGGCAAAUUAGUCCUAUACGUUACCCAAACAUUGACCUUGUCUCUCGGCAUCAAUAGGGCUUCGUCUCUCCCGCCAUGCAAUCCCUUUGGACCCAUUGGGCGCCGCCCCUGGAGAGCAGCCGUCUGAGGAGCAUCGGUUUCGCCGGUAAGAUUUUUUGAUAAUAAACGUGUGUUCUUUCAAUGGUUCGUUGGUUAUCAAAUAUGGCGAGUGUAACCUUAUCACAAGAUAUCACCAUGGUAGGCCACAUUUCUUUAGAUAUAUAUCCGAUUUGGCAUAUAUAAUUGACAUAUUGAAAUGUUAAGUCAUAAACAUAUUAUAUGCUAGCGUAUGUGGUGGCAGAUUUUAGUUGGCCAACGAUAUGUCUCUACCAGGUUAUCUUUUUAAUUACAGUUCACUAUAGACAGCAUGUAUUGGUUCAAAGCCUUAGUACUCUUCUAUUUGAGCCCCGCUUAUUAAACCUUUUAGUUCCCACCAUCAUUUUUUCCCUGGAUCCGCCAAUGAUGAUGGCCUAAGACAGACAUAAUUUUAAUUGGGAUAUUGGACGCAACAUAUAUUGACAAUAUCAUCAUUUGUUACAUCAAACCACCUGGCUGUUGACAAGAAAGUCAUAUUCAACUUCAAACCACAAUGGUAUAUUAAAAAUCGCCUUGUUGACAGUAAAUAAUAUCGCAGCCUCAAACUGUCUUGUUGAGAUUAAAUCAUCUUAUAUCUCAAAACUCCAUUGUUGUAGCCGCAGGGGACCACGAUAUAUGAAGACAAAAAUGUUUGGUGUUAAAUUUAACCAGUGCAAGAUUUGAUGAAUUAUUAAUACAAGUGUCCUCAAACUCAUUUCCUAACAUCAGACCCGUCGUUGGGCUCUGCAACUCCUGAUUUUGCAUGGGGUUUGGAUAUUUAAGGGGACCAAAGUUGUGAAGUGGAAAACCAUUUAACUAUCAACUUUGAGUGGAGGGGGCACUAAACCGAAAGUGGCAGGGGUGACGUUGGGGGGGGGGGGCUUUAAAAGUCAAGCUAAAAAAUGAAGGGGAAAAUUUUUUAAAUCUUAAGUAUUUCGACACAAAUUAAUAUUUCUCCUCUCCAUUUCAAAUUUUUUCAAUAUUUAAAAGAAAAAAUCAGAACUUCAAGAGCUUUAAAAAAAAAAUUAUCUACACUUUGCUACCCACUUGACAAAGUACGCAUGUGUCACGGUCAGGGCAAUUCAUUUAUCUAAAACUGUUUUCCAAACGAAGGAGUACGAUAAUAAGUCACGACCUCUUUUCGUAUUUGAAGAAAGCUGUUUCAUUUAAAAUGGCAUCUUCCAACGGAAACUUUCAGGAAAGCCUCGCCCCUCUCAGAGGCAAAUCAUCUUGGCCCUGGCUCAGUCAUGACCCCCUGUCAAUUCAUUUUUGGUCUUCUUAAACUUGUUUUCUUAAAAUGCCAUCUCCCCAGGGAAUUUUUCUCCUCCCCCAUUUUUUUUGUUGAAAUAAGCAGCAAUGGGUUCGGAAAAAAGUAGAUAUGGCAAAAUUCUUAAAACUGAAAACUUCUUCUUUGACUUGAUUUAGCCUAGGGGUGGGGUGGAAUGGUGUUGUGCCUAUUAUGUUCGGUGUUAAUUAGAGACUGGAGGGCGUUGUUAUUUGACCAGGGUUCAUGUCAUAGCUGAGUUUUGUUAACUGUGAAAUUCGCAUUUAGAGGAUAGUGUUAAUUUAAAUUUUGAACGAUCGAUGCCAUUGCUAUAGAAACGAUUAGUGUUUACCGAGAUCAAUGUCGUUCCAAAGGUAAAGCAUAGACCCCCACAGGGGUGAAUUUCGAAGAUUAUUACAAGACAUAAGUCUCUGGACCAGGAAAACGGUUGGCCAAUGUUAGACUGGACUCUUUCAACAACAAUAAAAUCCCAUUAAAUGUGUUAUUUUCACGUGUUGCAAUUCAAUUAGAUUCCAUUUAUUUUAAGAAUUUGACAUUAUAAUGUUAAAUAGUCGGCCGCGAAAUUCUUUGGACGGGGAAGCAGGGAGACUUUAAUUUUUUAUUUAUUGAUUUUAGUUAUCUGAAAAAAAAAAUGAAACCUGAGUGAGGGAGGCACAUUGAAUAUCUUUAGGUGCACUGAUAGAGUGUGGGCAUCUCUCGAAAACCCAUGUUGAGAAAACCCAUGUUGAGAAAACCAAUGUUGAUUAAAACCCAUGUUGAGAAAACCCAUGUUGAGAAAACCCAUGUUGAGAAAACCCAUGUUGAGAAAACCAAUGUUGAUUAAAACCAAUGUUGAGAAAACCAAUGUUGAUUAAAACCCAUGUUGAGAAAACCCAUGUUGAGAAAACCCUAGUUGAGAAAACCCAUGUUGAGAAAACCCAUGUUGAGAAAACCCAUGUUGAUUAAAACCCAUGUUGAGAAAACCCAUGUUGAUUAAAACCCAUGUUGAGAAAACCCAUGUUGAGAAAACCCAUGUUGAGAAAACCCAUGUUGAGAAAACCCAUGUUGAGAAAACCCAUGUUGAGAAAACCCAUGUUGAUUAAAAUCCAUGUUGAGAAUACCCAUGUUGAGAAAACCCAUGUUGAGAAAACCAAUGUUGAUUAAAACCCAUGUUGAGAAAACCCAUGUUGAGAAAACCCAUGUUGAUUAAAACCCAUGUUGAGAAAACCCAUGUUGAUUAAAACCCAUGUUGAUUAAAACCCAUGUUGAGAAAACCCAUGUUGAGAAAACCCAUGUUGAGAAAACCCAUGUUGAGAAAACCCAUGUUGAGAAAUCCCAUGUUGAGAAAUCCCAUGUUGAGAAAACCCAUGUUGAGUAAUAAGAAGAAAUAAAAUACAAAACGAUAUUGAUCCAAGCAACUAAAAUUUGUUUUUGAUUCUAAAGUCCAUAUUCAUUAUCAGCAUUUGUUUGUAAAAAACCACAGUUUAAAAUGAAGUCAAUUGUUUAUAAACUAGAACACUUUUAACGUGAGAACUUUUAAAAGGUUCAUUUGAUGGUUAAUUUGGAAGUUAAUUUGAAAGGAGAAAAUGGGCCAAGUGUUCCUGCGUUGUGACACAGAUGUAUCUUUGUAUGUAAGUAAGAUUGAGAUCAGUACUGAGAUACCUCGUGCCUCCUGCUUGAUCAUCAUGAAUCUUAUCGGAUUCGUCCUUCACAGGGUCUCAGCUGGGAAAAGUCAUCACAUAUCCUCUAACAGCCUUGUUGUGCCAGUAUGGCUUUGACGGCGGCUGGCCCAGUAUAUUUUAUCUGCAAGGUAAAUAAAUCAUCGUGCCAUUAAGGAAGGCACAGGGGAAUUUUUUCUCACAUUAACGUGUGUUAAAGGAGGAAUGGCAAAAUACAUAUUAUCUGUUAUAUUAUAUUUGACCCGCGUCCACCAGUAAUAACAGAGUUAACUACUACCUGCUGAAUAUUAAGAAGGAAAUAACAAGUGAAUAUUUUAAAUACAUUUAUGGGGUUUGCUAUUUAGGUUUUAAAAACUAUCAAUUUGAUUAGCUUCUAUUCGUUUUAAAGUUAAUAUCGCCUAUGAACUCAUGGAUGUGAAGUGAAUUAUAGCACCUAAAAUUUAAAACACGUUCCCAAACUGAACAAAUUAACAGUCAAAUUAAAAUUUUAAAAAAAAAACUCUCAGAGAAUACUCGUUGUAUAAAGAAUCGAUUUAGGUUCAUCCGCCCCACCUCCCCCCCUUCUUUAAAAAAAAUACCUAUAGAAUAUGUUCAUUUGUGUAUAUCUUCAAAUACGCUCUGACAUAGACAUAUGUAUCAUCUCAUAGAAAAGUGUCCUUAUUGACACAGCCUCGUCAUAGACCUCACCGCACUCAAAAAUCCAUUUUUGUCAAAUAUGACCUUGACCAUGUUACUUUAUUUUUGGUAGGCUCGACAUUUCGAAAUCCACCCCUACCCCCUUUGUUGCGAAGGUGUGACCAGAUACAGACACCACUUACCACCAUUUCCUGGGACUUGGUUGAUUUUUUUUUCUUUUCUGGUCCCAGGUUUGUUUGGGAUCGUGUGGUACAUCGCGUGGACAUAUGCUGUGUACGACAGUCCGGCACAGCACCCGAGAAUCUCGGGGACAGAGCGACACUACAUCGAAUCAAGUCUGUCUGGCAUGGUGACAACCAACAAACGGGUGAGAACGUCUAGUUACAACCCCGUUAUUACAGAACAAUUCUGAAGUAUUGUGUUUUUCUUUUUCUCUUUAGUGUAACAAUGAAAAGAGGAAAGUUUCUUCGGUUCAGAAAAAAAAUAUAUCAUAGCGUUUGCUAAAGACCUCAGUUAGAGGCUCGAAAAUCUGACAAAUUUCUCAGAAGGAUAUAGAAUCUUGGUCAUAAUGUUGGUACUUCAUGUGUUUGUCUGUGCGAGAGAGAGAUAGAGAGAGAGGGAGAGAUGGAGAUAGAGAGGGGCAGAGAAAGAGUGAAAGAGUGAGAGAGAGAGAGAGAGAGAGAGAGAGAAAGAAAUAGGGAAAGAGAGAGGUACCAUGUAACAAAAAACUCACGAAAUGCGAUACCCAUUGAGUUUUAAGAAAUGUUCUCCGAUGAAUAUCUCCCGACUCCCCAUGUCACUUUCAUCUUGAUCCUUUGAGAAAUAAAGUUUCUAAUUUUGGCACCUUUAAUUUCCAUCCAGCAAUUUGGAUUUUUUACUGUCAAAAUUACAAAAGCUGUAUUACUGAUUCACGGCAUCGUUCUAGAUCUCGAGAUGAUGCAUUUAGAAAUUGAUUAUGUGUAAUUUACAAAAUCGGUUUAGAGAACUAGUCUUUUAUUGUUCCAUAAAUAGAUAUCAAAUUGAUCAUCCUCAAACAUUGAUGUGUCAGUCCUACUUACAUGAAUGCCAAUAUUCGUAGUGAAGAUAUCAAAUGAAUAUUUGGAAUGGAAAAAACUUAUUUGAAUGAAAUACGAUUUCAAUAACGUGUAAUGCUCCAGUAAUCCUCGACUUAUUUGAAAAAAAAAUGAUGAGUAUAUCUGUAUGUAAGUAAGACUUGGACUUGUUAUAGGUUGUGGGGAACAAUAUCGAAAUAUAGUAAGCUGUGUAUGAACUAUGAACGGGGUUGUUAAGUUAUAAAUAAAUACGUACUAAAUGAAGUCCUGGAUGCUUGGGGCUCUACAAUGAAAAAAUUUCAUAGGAUCUUGGUCAGUUACUUGAUUCACAUUGGGCAUUAUCAUUCUUCUUCUCCUUAUGCCUUUUUACCCUGCCUGGUCCAUGGACCGUCCACAAGAAUUGUCCAUUCAUCACGGAGAUGUGCUUUCCUUUCCAGAUGCCUCCAGGUGUAUCCCAUAUUUUGCGUGUCUGCCUCUAGCUCAAGUGAAUGUCUCUGAAGAAAUGGGAACCAAGAAAGUCCAUAAAUUGUGAACUCACCCACUACGUCCAACAUUAUAAAAUAUACAUGCCACACCCCACCCCCCCUCCCCACCAGUGUUUGCUGGUUGGUGGUAACUAAGAACAAUUUGUCUCCCAUGUCUAGACUUGACACAUUCGGUGAACACAGGAAGUCUGUAAUACUGGGCGGGGAAAUGAAAAAAAAAAAGGAGCUCUUAGUCAACGAGUCUCAAAUUUCUCGUCAGCACUUUGCCCAUAGCGCUCCUUUAGCCACCUCUAGCAAACUCUAGGCAUCCAUGACUUUAAUUUUGUUUAAUUUACUUAAUUGUUCAUGUCUUUGUCUCUUGAGAUAUGAAAAGUGCCAUAUCCUCAAGGUAAACAUCCUUUUAUUGAUUCAAGGAUAUGAAGAUAUAUAUAUUAUUAUAGUUUAGUCAGCAUAUAUAAAAGAACGAGCUAAGGUGACCAUCAAAAGCUGAAUUCUUUUUUUUUUUUUUUAAAUUAAUCAUUUUUUAAUUUACGGAAAUCUAGUCAAUUUUUAAAUAAGUCUGGAUUCUUAAAAACAGUGAUACUGAUUACUAAAAAUUAUUUUACGGAAUUGGAAUUCAAUAAAACCCAUCGACCAUAUCUGCUUUGAUGCAAGGGUAUGGUUAACUAUUUCCUAAAUAUACAUUUUAAGGCGUGGACUAUUAUUAUCAUUUUUGUAUAUAUAUAUAUAUAUAUAUAUAUAUAUAUAUGUUUGUGGAUACAAAACAAUACAAAUCCGAGUCAUUUAAAUAUAUAAAUUGAUAAUUAUAUAUUGAGACAUCGCAAUAGCAAGUAGAAUGUAUUGCAAAACGCCUUCCUUUAUUAUCCCGCUAACAUCGGGUCAAAUCUUCAACUUUUAAAGAAAAAGAAACACGCUAAAAAAAACAAAAAAAAACAACUAUAUAUUUUAACUUAACAAUUUUGAACCAGGGCGUUGUUAGGAUUUUACCGUAAGACAUUUUUAAAGGAAUUUGUUUUAAUUACUGGGAAAUAUUUAGAAAACAAAAGUUCCAACAUUCGGAUUAAUCCGUCUUUUUAUUGGAUUUUCCCGAUUCAAUGACAUCAACUAAAACAUUCAACCACCAAAAAUUUAAAAAAAUAAAAGAAGAGCUGAUCUAGAAAACGGUCUUGGACUUUUCGUUGGAAACAUAGAACGCUUUACAAAUUAAGACAUUUUUGUUGUUGGAUGCUAUCUCAUACAGCAGAACACCACACAUUUAUUUUAAAGUUUGAACUUAUAAGUCCAAUGUCUCAGAUAGUCCAUAUUUCUAGACUAAAAACUUUUGGCUUAAGUGCUGUUGUAAAAUUGUGAGAUGCGCUGUCCUAGCUGGUGACCCGUGGUUGGGGGGGGGGGGUGAGGGAGGGUGGGAUGAUCCCACUAAUAAUGCCAACUGAUCUUGUCCUUGUUUCAGCUGAAGACCCCGUGGCUGGCCAUCUUGAAAUCGAUGCCUGUUUGGGCCAUCUUUGUAGCCCACACCUGCUGCAACUGGGGGGAGUACACCUUCCUGACCAACAUUCCCACGUACCUGAAGGAAGUUCUGCAUUUUGAUAUCAAGGAGGUGGGUCUGUUGAUACACUGAAACAAUUUUGAUGGCAUUUUUCUGGUGUUUUUAAAAGGUUAACAAAACAACUGUUAUUUACAGUAAAUGAGUGGCAGCCAUUUGCUUUACUCAAUACAAGAUUUAAUGUAUUCGAUAAUGUUUUUAACUUAUUUAGGUUUACGGUUAUACAAGAUAUGAUUAUUUGAUCUUAUUUAGGCUUAGGGUUUGGGUUAAGGUUAAACACGAUAUGAUUAUUUGAUAUUGUUUUCAACUUAUUCACUAUGCCGUUUUCGUGGAGUUUCACUCCAUAUCUCAUUCUAAAGAUGGGUACAAUUUUUACUGAAUUCUUUCUACAAUUCCUUUUGAAAAAAACAGUUAACGUGUAUGUGAAAACUGAAUACGCUAAAAGUUGAAAUUUCCGAAACAUUAUUUUAUGUUAGUUUCACAUCUUUUAUCAUAGAAAUAUUUUUUUUACCCUACCCAUAAGUCAUGAUUGUGAAAUAGAUGUGGACGUUAAUUACGAGACUCGUUUUACUCAGUGUUUCUUUCAGAAAUUUUCCACAGGAGGGGCACUUUAGAUUUUUUUUUGGGGGGGGGCAGUGCCAGCAGUUCCAGUUGAUUUAUUGUUGGAUAUAUUUUUGCUCGGGGGGGGGUGCACUUGGCUGAAAGAAACCCUGGUUUUACUUGAAUGUAUGUAACCCCUUGUGUCGUUAACAUUUAGUGAAAUAUCUGUUGACCACAGUUGACCACAGUUGACCACAGUUGACCACGGUUGACCACAGUUGACCACAGUUGACCACAGUUGACCACAGUUAACCACAAUUGACCAGGGUAACACUUUGCAAAUAUGUCUUUCACAGAACGGCUUUCUAUCUGCAGUUCCCUACAUCGGGUUCUGGCUGGUGAUCACCCUGUCCAGCUUUUUGGCUGAUUUUGUUCGAAGCAAAAAUAUACUCUCUACGACUGCAACGAGAAAAGUGUUUAACUCUAUAGGUCAGCUUUUGCUUUUUUUCUUUUUUCUUUUUUUUUUUUUUAAAUUUUUUUUAUUUUAUGUUUUUCUUUUUUAUGGCUGAUUUUGUUCGAAGCAAAAAUAUACUCUCUACGACUGCAACGAGAAAAGUGUUUAACUCUAUAGGUCAGCUUUUGCUUUUUUUCUUUUUUCUUUUUUUUUUUUUAAAUCUUAGUUAUUUUAUGUAUAUCAUAUUUUAUGGCGUCAAUAGGUACUGACCGAUUUUGUAUAUGGAAAGCAUUUUAAGGUAUCUUAAGACUUUUGUGUGUGUCUUUGUGAUAAUGGACAAUCGCGGGACCACUACCUCUUGCAUCCAUCGUUUUGAAAUUUAAGGCCGAACUGUCUCUGGAUAAUAAUUGGACUGUUUUUACACGCAUUAAUUAAGAAAAAGACUGGCAGACUUCUGCUCAGCAAAUGAGAUCGUUAUUGGGGAACGUCAAUUCCAGCAAAAGAAUAUCCACAAAGUAAUUUGGGAGUCCCUUGACAGCAAAAGACAAAACCCAAUUGAUCCUUUAUGUCUUAGCACGCAAUUCAGACGGUCUCUACAAAAUGUGAGCGUACAAACCAGGAGCUGAUGUUCAAACUGAAUACCAUCUAAUUGGGGAAAGACUCCAGCUAAGACUGAAGAACGAUUGGGAAGAGCCAGCUGCUAGAAGAUUAAAAAAACAACACAGCAUCUCUGCCAGACGGAGCAGAAACAACAAGAAUAUACAUGGAAAAACAUAAAGAUGUCUGUAUCAUCAACGUGUAACGAGGUAUUAGGGCUGGUGAACCAAACAUUCAAAUAUUGGGUCUCACUCAGCACAAAGAUUGACUAUCACUCUGCACAAAGAUUGACUCUCACUCAGGACAAAGAUGGACUCUCACUCAACACACAGAUGGACUCUCACUCAACACAAAGAUUGACUCUCACUCAACAAACAGAUGGACUCUCACUCAACACAAAGAUUGACUCUCACUCAACACAAAGAUUGACUCUCACUAAACACAAAGAUUGACUCUCACUCAACACAAAGAUUGACUCUCACUAAACGCAAAGAUUGACUCUCACUCAACAAAAAGUUUUGCUCGCACUCAACACAAAUAAUGGCUCUCACUCAACAAAAAGGAUUGGCUCUUACCUAACACAAAGAUUGGCUCUCACUCAAUAUGUUGCAAAUAAUAAACGAAAGGAAAGAAAUGAAGUGUUCAUUAAACAACAGCUGUAACAGGCCAGAGAAAACAAAAGUACAAAAGAAAUAUAAAGAAGCAAAUCGAAGGGUCAUAGCAUCAAAAAGGAUAAAAGAGCGUACAUAGAUGGUCUAGCAUCAACAGCAGAAGAAGCAGUCAGGAAGGGAAAUAUGAAAGAGAGCUAUUUGACAUAACAAGAAAGCUAUCAGGAAGAUACAAGGGGACAGAGAGACCGGUUAAAGAUAAGGAAGGUAGAACAAUAACAUUAAAAAUAUGGAUGCAAUACUUACAGGGAUUAAUUAACAGACCUCUAACUACAAACAGACCAGUUAAACAACCAGUAAAUAGAAGACAGUGCCCCAAAUAAGGUAGAAAUAGCCCUGGCUAACAGGCAGCUCAAAAAAAAAGGAAAGCACCGGGACCCGAUGACACAACAGAGAUGACGAUAGCAGGCAGGUAGAUGCAAAAGUCAACAAGCUGCACCCUCUGAUGAUGAUAGCAGGCAGGUAGAUGCAAAAGUCAACAAGCUGCACCCUCUGAUGAUGAUAGCAGGCAGGUAGAUGCAAAAGUCAACAUGCUGCACCCUCUGAUGAUGAUAGCAGGCAGGUAGAUGCAAAAGUCAACAUGCUGCACCCUCUGAUGCAAAAAAAAAAAAAAAAAAAAAAAAAAAAAAAAAAGAUGAUGAAAGCAGGCAGGUAGAUGCAAAAGUCAACAAGCUGCACCCUCUGAUGCAAAAAAAAAAAAAAAAAAAAAUUAGGAAAGAAAGAGAGAGUUCCAAAAGAUUGGAAAGAAGGAUGCCUCAUCAAAGUACUAAAGAAAGUGACUAUCACCAACUGUGCGAACUACAGAGAAAUUACACUGCUGUCUAUACCAGGAAAGGUCUUUAAUAUAUUUAUUGUGAAUAGAAGGAAGGACCAGGAUGACACGCACCUACGCGAUCAACAGGCUAGGCCCGGCCAAAACAGAUCAUGCACAGAUUAAAUAACAAGACUACAAAUCAUAGUAGAACAGUCCCCAUGGAACUGCCACUAUAUCUCAAUGUUAUCGACUACGAAAAAGCCCUUGAGAGCUUGGACCGACCAACCUUGUGGAAAACUCUCUGGCAUUAUGGGGUACAAGGUAAACAAGUCAGGAUCAUUCAGAGUUCUUGAGGAGAAAUGACAUGCAGGGUGGUAUACGAAGGUAGACUCACAGAUGACAUGCAGGGUGGUAUACGAAGGUAGACUCACAGAUGACAUGCAAGGGGGUAUACGAAGGUAGACUCACAGAUGGCAUGCAGGGUGGUAUACGUAGGUAGACUCACAGAUGACAUGCAGGGUGGUAUACGUAGGUAGACUCACAGAUGACAUGCAGGGGGUACAUGAAGGUUUAGCUAACAAAUGACAUGUAGGGUGGUACACGAAGCUAGACUCACAAAUGACAUGUAGGGUGGUACACGAAGGUAAACUAACAAAUGACAUGCAGGGGGUACACGAAGAUAAACUAACAAAUGACAUGCAGGGUGGUACACGAAGGUAAACUAACAAAUGACAUGUAGGGUGGUACACGAAGGUAGACUCACAAAUGACAUGCAGGGUGGAACGAUUCCGUGGGGAUACAGUGAAGACCCUGGGAACAGCUGAAUAACCUAGACUUUGUAGAUGACAUUGCACUUCUGUCCCACAACCAGCAACAAAUACAGGAAAAGACUAAAGAUGUAGCGACUAUUUCGGCACAACUCUGACUAAAUAUAAAUGAAAGCUAGACAAAGCUCAUAAAGGAAAAUUCAUCCAACCAAGAGCAUAUCUCUCCUGGCAGAUAAUGCACUGGAGGAAGGGGAGGCCUUUAGACAUACAUGGUGGAUCCGAAGCGGAUGUCAGGGCCAGAAUUUGAAUUGUUAGGUCAGCAUUUGUUCUAUUAAAGAAGCUAUGGGAGUUAAAGAAGCUGACUCUGAACGCAAAAUUCUUAUAGACGGGGUAAAGGCAUAAGUACGUUAGUGAGUAAGUAAGAGAAAAAUAAUAAUUUAUAUGUUAAUUAGAAAAAGAUGAAUAUAUCAAGAUAACAAAGGUGAUAGUGUGAUAAAAUUAUGGUUCAUACAUAUUUCAUAAUAAGCAAAGUUGACAUUGGAGAAAUAACGCUAAGAUUUUAAUCCGACCAGUUAACAGUGACUGCCAGUGAUGCUAUAACGUCAGACGAUGAGGAACUAAACAAACACUAUGAUAUUUCAUUCUUGAUUUUCCUUCCAGGCAAAUUCGUCCCGGCUGUGCUGUUAAUUGGACUCAGCUUCGUUGGCUGCAGCCAGUGGGGGCUGGCUGUGACGUUACUGACCCUCGGGGUGUCCCUGACCGGCUUCCAGUACGGCGGGGGUCUGUUCACGAAUGUGGGCGAUAUCGCGCCCUCCUACGGGGGCGUCAUCUAUGGCGUGUCGAACACGAUCGCCACCAUCCCGGGCCUUCUGUCGCCUGUUGCCAUCGCCCUUUUAACACCUGAUGUAAGUGGACAUAUGUGUUGUUACGUACCACUUGUACCACUUGUACCAAAAGUUUCUGGCAUUGUACCUCACCGUUUUGGUAUCCAUUGUAACGUUUCUCGUGCACAUAUCGUAACGUCAUCUGAGUCAUUAUUUGUCAUCUUUGUUAGUUGUGUAACACUGGUGAUGUUAGACAAUGUUGUGUAACACUGGUGAUGUUAGACAAUGGUGUGUAACACUGGUGAAGUUAAACAACGUUGUGUAACAUUGGUGAUGUUAGACAAUGCUGUGUAACACUGGUGAUGUUAGACAACGUUGUGUAACAUUGGUGAUGUUAGACAAUGUUGUGUAACACUGGUGAUGUUAGACAAUGCUGUGUAACACUGGUGAUGUUAGACAAUGCAGUGUAACACUGGUGAUGUUAGACAAUGCAGUGUAACACUGGUGAUGUUAGACAAUACAAAUAUUAAUUGUGCCGCACUGAUCAAACGAAACGAUGCCUCAUAAAUAAAGGUAAUAACAAUAUGGCUUAAUUCUAUUAUUGUGGCUAUGAGAUCUUCCAUAUAUUCCCCUCCCAUAUCUCUAUAGGUGAAUAUCUUGGUUCGCGUAUUGCUGUUGUCACAAUUUGGUUUUCUACAAUUUCAUUCUGUUACAUGACGUCAUUUUCCCCGGCCUCGUUUUCUAUUACAAUGACAUCAGAUGACACUUUAUGUGUCAUUCAGGUGCACGACUUAACUUUACACCAUUUCAUAAUUUGUGAUACGCCUAUUCCUAGUGAAUUCUAAUUUUCGACUCAGAAAGUUGCUUUGUAAAUAGCUUUUUAAGACACUUUUUCUUCUUGUCUAAUUUUUGUUCAACGAGGUUAUGUCAUGUUCUCUUUGCUGCUGUAUAGUAUAUUUUCAAACUUGGACACACCGUGUGCCCUUAUUUUUUCUUAAGUUCUGAACAUUGACUUUCUAUCCGCCCAGCAAACCCAGGAACAAUGGCGUGGCGUGUUCUACCUGUCCGCGGCCAUCUAUGUGUUUGGUGCGGUGUUCUACAUCGUAUUCAGCAGCGGCUCCCUUCAGCCGUGGGCCGUGGACGCCGCUGAGCUGCAUGUCAGCGCCAGAGAAGAAGAACUGGAGGAGAAAGUUCAACUCAAUGAGACGAUAACAAACGAUCGUGAAACAAUGGGUCAGACAGAAUGUCCCAGAGAACGUAGAACUGUCGAGUGUUGAGUGUGGUCACCAGAAGAGGGCCCCAGUAUUAAAUCUCCUUCAUUCAUGUCAGCUAAAUGACACCAUGACGUCUUCCACACCCACCAUCGGCACAGACCAAGAUUAUACGACGGCAAAGUAACUUCAUAAAAAACACCUUUUACAUGUCACACCUUGUGAGUCGUCCCAAACAUGUUUCAGUGGAUCUCAAAAUAUAUGUUUAAAUGAAUGCCAACCACUGAGUUAAAAGGAUAUUACAAUAAAGUAAACGUUGAAAAGAUCUCCACAAUUUGAACUGUUAUGUUAUGAGGUUGGAGACUCUUCAAAUGUAAACCAGGGCUUACAGUAUUACAGUGUUACGUUAACAUUGAACAUAUUUUGAUAAAGUUUUUUUUUUAAAAUUAUUAAAUGAAAGAUUUUUUUUUAAAUGAAAAAUAAAUUCAGACGAACUCAACAGAGGUGUUAUAUGUGAAAUGUUGUGUGAUGAAUAUUCUGUGAGCUUGUGUGGUUUUUACACUUUGCUCGGUGGUUUCUUGUCAAUGUUACUAGUCAUAGAUGAAUUAUUGAACUGAAUCACAGACUUUGGAUGAGAUUGUAACUGAGUAUGGUGACUUUUAGGAUGGAUGGUGUAAGAUGAUGGUAAGAAAUGAUGGUAAGAAAUGAUGGUAAGAGAGGAUGGUGAGAGAAUAUGUUGAUGGAGAAUGGUGUGAGAGAGGAGAGAAUGGUGACAAAUGACAGUGAGACAGAAUGGGGAGAGAUGAUGACGAGAGAGAGAG